AAAAUCCCUCCGUGCACUUGCGUCCCGUGCAACCUGGACAUAAACACUGACCUGUCAGUCUUUCAGGUUCCGCAUUUGGCGUUAACUUUGAUAGACUAACGGGACUUACAUCUUCCAGUCAUGCCGAGACGAGCACUUAGAUGUGUUGUUGAUCUUAACUUAAAGAAGGUAUCAGCACCGGGGGUAUGGCUGCCCAGCAAAGAAGAUAUCUACUUAAGUGUUUCUGUUUUCAACCAGUACAGAAAUACACACCUUGUGACUUCAGUCUUUCCGUUACUGUUCACUGAGAGUUUCAGGUUUGAGAAGACGUACUAUACAGCUGUUGACCCAGGUCAUGUUGCGGAACUCCUUGAAGAUGAACUGAUCAUCUUCGAGCUUCUGCAACUGUCGGAAUACACCGAUGGCGCUGUCCGUCUUGCCACGUUCUCCACCAACGCCAGGGACUUCCUCUACCCCUACCCCUCCCUCGCCCCCUCCUACUCCUCCGCAGACAGGGAAAUUCUCAUGAGCAGGACCAUCGCCUUCCCGGGUAUCUCCCCCAAACUAGAGUUCUCCACCCGGAGUGUAAUCAGGGAAUCUCUGUCUCCAGAAGUAGAUGCCUUAGAAGAUGCCGUAGAGGAUGUGCGGCUAAGCAGGCUAAGGAAAGCAAGGAGAACACCAUCAAUUACUAGAAGGUGUGGAUCCCCUCCAGGAAUAUACUACCGAGUCGACCGUGACUACCAGCUGCCAACAUCAGCUUUUGUUUCUCGUUCCAGAUCAUCCUCCCCAAGUCUCAGGGUCAAGUAUGAAGAUACCAGUCUAGAGAGUACUAUUGAUGGACGACCUCCUUUUGUUGUUAGGAAGCUCACAGAUGAUUUGAUAGGACGUAACCCAGGUGGUCCUACAGCCAAACAUGCCAAGUCAAAGAAGAAGAGUAGCUUGUUGAGUCGGUCACCGAGUUGCACCAGUCUCAGUAUAUACAGUGACCUUGACUACCCCCUGAAGCAUGAGUAUCGGCUGAAAAAGGUAAUUCGUGAGCCCUAUGAAGACCCUCUUCCAGUGUAUGCGUCCCGCUAUGGCACUGAUGAUGAUGAUGAUGAUGCUGAGGUAGCUGAGCUGACAUCAUCCCUAAGAGAUAUCCAUGUGCCUCGAGUGCGCCCACGUUCUGUGAGCCCCGUGCUGUACACCCCUAGUUACCGCGCCCGAUUUGGUGAUAGGAGCUUCUCCCCAUCCUACAGCCUGAGUUCUCGGGUGGACAGCAUCCUGCGGAGGAACAGGUCCCUUGAAAGACUAGAUCGACUCAGUCCUGUAGACACUAUUCCGGUGUACACAAGGAGGUACACAUACUAUGACUCUUUGGAUGACCUUGAGCUGGAGACCAAGCUGGCCAGAUCCAGGAGCCUUGUACACCUCGAUGAAGGAAAGUACUGGACACCCAAUUCAGCAAAACUGAGCGGUAAAACACAUCGACAGGUUUUCACCGAUACCCUUAGUACCAUAUAUGGAAAACUUUACAAUACAGCUAGAAAACAGAGUCCUCACAAGUUUACAUAGAACUGUUUUAUGAUUACUUUUAUAAUGGACUUUAGUUACAGCACUGGUUGGAACGGACAACUGUUGUCAACGUCUUCAUCAGAGAUUAGCUGCUGAAAGAAAUAUAUACAUAGAUAAAUAUGUGAUGGGACAACAGACAGAUCCUUUAAUCGUGGUUGGACACUGCAGUUUAUUCCUGGGGAAACUAUCACUGAAUCUUAAUAAUUCAACAUUUAUUCAACACAAUUUGUCCGCACUGUUCCGACCAGUGAUGAGAUAGACUCAUGUUGUUGUGUACAACUGACCAUUCUUCUAGAUAUUUGAUACAUAAUAUUUGAUAUGAAAUCCUAUUUUUCAAUAAUUUUUCAAAGGAUGAUUACAUCUUAUAAUACUCCACGUUGUUAUUUAUUGCUGUUUGUAAUAUUCAAUCAUAUUUGUACAUCAUGAAAUGAGUGAAGUUAUGUUUCAUGUUUUUAACAAGCAAGGGAAAUGCAAGGUCACAAAUAUAUAUUUUGAAAAACAAUUAAUUUGAUAGAAGGUAAAAGAUGAAAAGAGUUCACAGAAGGCAUUGUAUCAUUCCUUGGUUUGAGUCGUUUCAUUAUUAUUUUGUUAUCAACAGAAUAGAAAAAUGAAGCACUAUUUUUGGCACAUGAGACCAUAAAUUGUACAUGUUUGAGAGAAAGAGCUAUGCAUAUAUCAUCUACACAUGCUCAAUGCUACUGCCAGGGGUAUUUUAUGAUCAGUCACUGUUUUUAGAACUGGUUUAUUGAAAGGUGAAGUCCUUUUGAACAUGUUGAAAUAAGCCUUAUAUUGUAUAUAAUGUUAUUUGUUACCAUGGAACCUUGCAAAUGUUGCAUUUCACUAAAUGAUUUUAAUGUAAAAUGAAUUUUAGAUUGAUUGUUAGACACUGUAUUAUCUUACAUAUAUACACAUUUAUAACAAUUGUUCAUGAUUACUUGAACCUGCUGAAAGGUUUUUCGAUUGAACAUGAUUUUGAUAUAUUGUUAGUUGGUCACAUGGAUGUAGCUUUUAGUUAAGGUACAGAUCUGUCCAUUUGAAUUGCCGGUAGUUAGAUUUAUAUUAAAUAACUCAGUAUUUUAAACAUCUACCUCUGUUGUCUGAUGGUAGUAGAUGUGUAAGAAAUAUUCUGUGAUUCGAUUAGAAGUUUAAUCAAGGAAGUGAGACCAAGGAAGUUAUCAGCGAUUUCAUCCUGAAUUGGAACAGUAAAUUUUCAGCAUUUUAUAUUUAUCAUGAUUUUUCCUUAAUUUGAAAGAAACAGAUUUUUUAAGUUAACAAUUAAAUCUCCUUUUGGCAAAAUUUGGUAACAAUAUCUUCAAAAACUUUCUUUGAAAGUCUAUAAUUCUUAUCCCUUACUUACCAUUAUUCCCUGUAUGUGAAGAUCUGGUUGUUGUAAAAAAGAUUUAAUAGUAACUAAUAAUGAUAUAUAAGAGACAGGUGGAGAGCAAAUCCGGUCCGAUCUUUGGCAUGAAAGUCAAGGGGUUGUUGUCAUAACCUCAAUGUUGAAACUGAAAGUUAAGGAUUUAGGGGGUUCCUAGAUUCCAGUGAUAUGGCAGCAAACCUCAGGAUUCCCAGACCCCCCCCCCCCCCCUCUUUAAUUUUUCAAGAUGGAUUACUUAAAUUAUAUCUUAAAGUGAACAUCAAAUUGCUGUUUUUGUGUAGACUUGAUCUGAUUUCUGUUACAAGUGUGCGAGAAAGUAUCAGUCACUUUGGGACCACAUGUCUUCUGGACAAGCUGUCUUCGACAUAAUCCACUGUAUCUGUGAUAUAUAUAAAGUUUGUUAUAUACAUUGUAACCUUUGUUUUCUCUAUAAGCAUAAAGGUCUUAUAUUCUCCAAUAAAAUUUCUAUCGCAA